UCCUUUCCAGUGAGGCAUAGGAAACAAGUUUGGCUGAUCUCGAGGCAGGGGACCCUCUGCCUCUCCCCUUGCUUGUUCUCUCCAAACCACCCUGCCUGGGACAUUUUGCUCCAUUCAGGACAAGGGGUGAAUGAACAGCUUUAGCAGGGGGGAGGUGGUGCCAGUGUAGAAGGAACUCAGAGUGAUGGCCAAGAGAAGGCGCAGAAGGAGGAGUCUGGGACCGAGGAAAUGAACUUGAGGUAGAUCCAAGUGGAUAGGGCAGUAGGGCAGAAGGCAGGAGACAGAACCUGCAGUAUACUGUGCCCAGCUGGAAAGAUGGCUUUGCCCUGGACCAUGUUGCUCGUUCUUUCGGGUUUCUUUGCCAAGGGAACUCGCGCAUGGUGUUCUGAAACUGACAAAUUGUACAUCGAUAAGCCAGUCAGUGACCCUGACAUAGUGAAGUUUGCUGUGAGUGCCUUCAACAAGCAGAGCAAGGACGAUUACACCUACAGGCCGAUACACAUCAUGAGUUUCUCAAAGGUCCAGGAAAAACUACCAGAAACUUUCUUCAUGAAGUUGAAGCUGAUAAGAACCAUCUGUACAAAAUUUGAGGACAACCUAGACACCUGCCCCUUUCAGGACAGCCCUGGACUGGAAAAAUUCAGCAUCUGCAACUUUAUCAUCAGCACACCACGCUCAAAACAGUUCAGCAUGAUGAAAAUUGCUUGCACUUAUGGGCUUCUCUGACUGUAAUCCAUCACAAGGAUCUACCCACAGCUAUGGUCUGGGCCUGCUCCUUUUUCUGAAAAUACCUGCCAUUAUAGGAAUCAUCAAGUACAGGAUUAAGAUCUGUAAGUGUCUGGGUUGUUUUUUGUUGUUGUUUUGUUUUGUUGGUUUUGUUUUGUUUUUGUCCUGACAUUUUAGAAUAUUCUCUUUGU